AUGAAGCACUCAGCCGUCGCUCUUCUCGCCUUUGCCCAGGGCAUUGUUGCUAUCCCGUCCCUGCUGGGGCAGAUCAAGCAGAGCCAGUCCAAGGUUUUGGUGCCUGAUCAGGAUAUAUCUCUUUCUAUCAAGCUUUCGCAGGUACCUAUGCACAGGGACAAGCCCCAGACUAAGCAGGAUGAUAUCUGCUGGCUCCUCUGUGCUUCUGAGGAGAUUAAGUGCCCAGAUGGGUGGCUUCUAAACGCUACAUUGAGCAGUCUCGAAGCAAUGCCUAUGGGCAUCAUUGCCUUCCAAUAG